AUGUCCACAAAGGAUUUGAAAGAAGAAAUCGAUGAUGUGCCAUCUGUUGUUGACCCUGUCGUCUCAGAAACAGUCAAUUCUGCUUUAGAGCAACUACAACUGGAUGAUCCUGAGGAAGUCCUCACCCCUCAUACUUUUCCAAAUGAAAGCCUUCAAAAUCCGCAGUUCGCCAACGGCCCUCCCUCUCAAAUGUUCCCUCAUCCUCAAAUGAUGGGUGGGAUGGGCUUUAUGCCUUAUUCUCAAAUGAUGCAAGUUCCUCAUAACCACAAUCCCUUUUUCCCUCCUCCUGAUUUCAACGACCCUACUGUACCAUUGAAUACUUCGCCUUUGAACGCAGGCGCCCCACCAUUGUUAUUCAACAGCGAUUCUCAUCCUUUCCAAAUGCUCUCUUCCAAUGCAGCAGCAGCAGGACAAACCCCAAACACACUGGCUAAUGAUAGUUCGAUGAAGAUGCUACCUACUGCGUCCGCUGAUCCGUUAUGGAUUCCUUCAAAUGUCCCAGGCUCUGCAUCUGUGGCCAUUGAAGAAACCUCGGCCACUUUGCAAGAAAGCUUGCCAUCCAAGGAUGGGGAGUCUAAAUCUAGUUCUUUUAGAAGACAAACAUUCCACGCCUUGUCGCCAACUGAUCUUGUUAACGCCGCCAAUAAUGUAACCUUGUCAAAGAAUUUUCAAACCGACAUGCAAAGUUUCUCCAAGGCUAAAAAGCCAUCUGUAGGGGCUAACAAUACUGCAAAGACUAGAACUCAGUCUAUCUCCUUUGAUAAUACACCUUCUUCAACAUCAUUUAUUUCCUCAACUAAAAAUGUUUCUGAUAAAUUAUCAGAUUUCAAAAUUGAAGAAACCUCCAAAGAAGAUUUAAUCGGCAAGGUAACUUCGGGUAAAAAAGAUAGCAGCCCUACGACUUAUGCUGCAGCAUACCCUUAUGGGGGACCCUUGCUUCAACCAAAUCCUAUUAUGCAAGGUCACCCACACAAUAUAUCUUCACCCAUGUAUGGAAUCAGGUCUCCUUUCCCUAACUCUUAUGAAAUGGGCGCACAAUUUCAACCUUUUUCUCCGAUUUUGAAUCCCGCAAAUCACCCACUUAACUCAAACUCUCCCAUUCCUUUGAAUCAUUCGCMAAUCCAUCUAGGUCCAGUUUUAAACCCUAAUUCACAAUCUGUCGCCUUCUUAGAUGUCAAAGAUAAUAAUGGCAAGACUGGCACUGAUAACGACAAGAUGGGUCCAAAUGUGAGAAUGGACUCAAUGAAUCCUAACCUUGGACCAUCCAUGCAACCAUUCCACAUGUUGCCUCCCCAACAAAACACUCCACCACCCCCUCCUUGGCUAUAUGGAACCCCACCUCCCUUCAACGGAAUGGUCCCCCCUCAUUUAUUAGCUCAAAAUCAUAUGGCGAUGAUGAAUAACGCCAAUAACAAACACCAUAACCGUAAUAAUAAUAUGUCAAAUCAUAAUAACAACGAUAAUGGUAGUAACUAUGCUUACAACAACAAGGAUGGAAGUCGUUCCAACACUGGUAAAAUGAAAAACAUGAAAAAUGGUUACCAUGGCUAUUAUAAUAAUAAUAAUAAUAAUAAUAAUAGUAAUACUCACAAUAAUAACAACGGUAAUACCAAUAGCAAUAACAAUAACGUUAAUAACAAUAAUAAUAAUACUAAUAAUAAUAAUAAUAAUAAUAAUAAUAAUGGUAAUAAUGUUGAAAAGCAGCGUAAAAUUGAAGACUCUUCGAGAUUCGCGGAUGCGGUGCUGGACCAAUACAUCGGGAAUAUACAUUCGUUGUGCAAAGACCAACAUGGAUGUCGUUUCUUGCAAAAGCAAUUGGACAUUCUCGGCAGUAAAGCUGCAGAUGCUAUCUUUGAAGAAACCAAAGAAUAUACUGUGGAAUUGAUGACUGAUUCAUUUGGUAAUUAUUUGAUUCAAAAGCUAUUAGAGGAAGUUACCACAGAACAAAGAAUUGCACUGACGAAGAUAUCCUCGCCUCAUUUUGUCGAGAUUUCCUUAAAUCCUCAUGGUACAAGAGCAUUACAGAAAUUGAUUGAAUGCAUCAAGACAGAUGAAGAAGCACAGAUCAUUGUUGAUUCUUUACGUCCUUACACUGUUCAAUUAAGUAAAGACCUGAAUGGUAACCAUGUUAUUCAAAAAUGCCUGCAGAGAUUGAAACCUGAAAACUUCCAAUUCAUUUUUGAUGCCAUUUGUGAAAAUUGUAUUGAUAUUGCUACUCAUAGACACGGAUGUUGCGUUCUACAACGUUGUUUGGAUCACGGAACUAGAGAGCAAUGUGAAACUUUGUGUAAUAAAUUAUUAACCCUUGUUGAUAAGUUAACUUUGGAUCCAUUUGGUAAUUAUGUGGUUCAGUAUGUAAUUACUAAGGAAUCUGAAAAAAAGAAAUAUGAUUACACGCACAAAAUUGUACAUCUUUUGAAACCAAAAGUUAUUGAACUCUCAAUUCAUAAAUUUGGAUCAAAUGUAAUUGAAAAAAUUUUGAAGACACCGAUAGUUUCGGAACCAAUGAUUUUGGAAAUCUUAAAUAAUGGUGGUGAAGCAGGUAUUCAAUCAUUAUUGAAUGACAGUUACGGUAAUUAUGUUUUACAAACGGCAUUAGAUAUUUCUCAUAAAAAAAACGAUUAUCUCUAUAAGAGAUUAUCUGAGAUUGUGGCGCCCUUACUAGUGGGCCCUAUAAGAAAUACACCACAUGGUAAAAGAAUUAUUGGAAUGUUACAUCUAGACUCGUGA